AUGACGGGCGCGCGGCCGUGCGCCGCGGGGAAGCGCGUGGCGGAGCGCGGCGGCCGGGGAGCGGCGGCGGCGGCGGAGGAGGCCGGCAUGCGCGGGGCGCGGGGCGGCUGCUGGGCGCUGGCCGCGCUGCUGCUCGCCGCGUCGGUGCUGAGCGCCGCGCGGUUGGUCCCUGGCGGCUCCCCGGAGCGCGGCGCCCAGGCCGCGUCCCCGCGAGAUUUAGACAAAAAAAGGCCUGCGGAGCUGAAGAUGGAUCAGGCUUUGCUGCUCAUCCACAACGAACUACUCGGGACAAACUUGACUGUCUACUGGAAAUCGGAAUGGUGCUAUCAGUGCUUGUUUCAGGUGCUGGUCAGCGUCUCUCCGAGGGGAGGACCUGGGGGGCCCGGCAUGGCAGCCGUCUCUGUCAGCACCCAGCACGGCUCCAUCCUGCAGCUGAACGACACCCUGGCAGAGAAAGAAAUUUGUAGGCUGCAAUACAAAUUUGGAGAGUUUGGAAACUAUUCUCUUUUGGUGAAGCACGUCCAUAACGGAGUCCAUGAGGUCGCCUGUGACCUAGUCGUCAACGAGAAUCCAGUUGAUAGUGAUCUUCCUGUGAGUGUUGCAUUCCUCAUUGGUCUAGCACUCAUCAUUGCGCUGUCCCUUCUGAGGCUCUUGUUUAGUUUGGACGACUUUAAUAAUUGGAUUUCUAAGGCAAUAAAUUCUCAAGAAACAGAUCACCUCAUCAAUUCUGAGCUGGGAUCUCCAAGCAGGGCAGACCCUCUUGGCGGCGACAUCCAGCCAGCCACAUGGCACCCGUCCACCCCUCCACCGCGCCUCCGCUGUGUGGACACAUUCAGAGGGCUAUCUCUCAUACUCAUGGUCUUCGUCAAUUACGGAGGAGGAAAAUACUGGUACUUCAAGCAUGCGAGUUGGAAUGGACUGACGGUGGCUGACCUUGUUUUCCCGUGGUUUGUAUUUAUUAUGGGAUCUUCAAUUUUUCUAUCAAUGACAUCUAUACUGCAACGGGGAUGUUCCAAAUUCAGAUUGCUGGGGAAAAUUGCAUGGAGGAGUUUCCUAUUAAUCUGUAUAGGAAUUAUCAUUGUGAAUCCCAAUUAUUGCCUUGGUCCAUUGUCUUGGGAUAAGGUGCGAAUUCCCGGUGUUCUGCAGCGGUUGGGAGUGACUUACUUCGUAGUUGCUGUGUUGGAGCUUCUCUUUGCUAAACCGGUGCCUGAAAAUUGUGCCUUGGAGAGGAGCUGCUUUUCUCUUGGAGACGUCACGUCCUCCUGGCCCCAGUGGCUCCUCAUUCUGAUGCUGGAAAGCAUCUGGCUGGGCUUGACGUUCUUCCUGCCGGUUCCUGGGUGCCCGACCGGCUAUCUUGGCCCCGGCGGCAUCGGAGAUUUGGGGGAGCAUCCAAAUUGCACCGGAGGAGCUGCUGGCUACAUCGACCGCCUGCUGCUGGGGGACGAUCACCUGCAUCAGCGCCCUUCUUGCACCGUGCUUUAUCACACUGAGGUGGCCUAUGAUCCAGAAGGAAUCCUAGGGACCAUCAACUCCAUUGUGAUGGCCUUUUUAGGAGUUCAGGCAGGAAAAAUUCUAUUGUAUUACAAGGAUCAGACCAAAGCUAUCCUGAUCAGAUUCACUGCCUGGGGUUGUAUUCUAGGGCUCAUUUCUGUUGCUUUGACAAAAGGUUCUGAAAACGAAGGCUUUAUUCCAGUAAACAAAAACCUCUGGUCCAUAUCGUACGUCACCACGCUCGGCUCUUUUGCCUUCUUCAUCCUGCUGGUCCUGUACCCGGUUGUGGAUGUGAGGGGGCUGUGGACAGGAGCCCCGUUCUUUUAUCCAGGAAUGAAUUCUAUUCUGGUGUAUGUAGGCCACGAGGUGUUUGAGAACUACUUCCCCUUUCAGUGGAAGCUGGAGGAUAACCAGUCGCACAAGGAACAUCUAACUCAGAACAUAGUCGCCACUGCAGUCUGGGUGCUCAUCGCCUACAUUCUCUAUAGAAAGAAGAUUUUUUGGAAAAUCUGAUAGGUCAUGUUAAGAUGUGUUGCUGGAAGACUCUAGUGGCCUGGGGGAAAGUAUUAAAGCAGCCUUUAUUAUUAAAGGGAAUCAUUAAUUAUAAAACCAAUAGGAUGUGUAUUUCUAGGUUACUGGGGAAGAUGCCGAUGUGGUCAAACUAAUGUUCUGUGACUUGGCUCGUGAGAACUCUGCCCACAUAUUUGUGACUUACGUAUUUGAAAAGAAAUUGUCUUUUUUCCUCCAUCUUCUCUGGAAAUGGAUGUAUUUGGCACUUCAUUUUAAGGAGAUCACCUUUAACUUUCUGAAAGGGAAUUAACAUGGGCAUUUUUCUUCUGUGAUGGAGAAAACAAUCCAAGGACUGAUUCUUACUGAUCUUGUUUCCCUGCACACUACCUUUCCAUGUGUACACACAGACCGACCAAAGUACCGUCACUUCUGUUGUGGCUGACUGUUAAGCUUCUUGAAUGUGAUGUGUCAUAACAUAGUCUGAUAUUUUUUAAGUGCAACUUAAUGUUUCAAGAAAGCCAAAGUAAUUUUCUUUUCAGAUAUGUAAGGCUUUGAGGGGUCCAAAAAAUGUGUUACAAGCCAUUUUCUCCUUUUCCCCAGUUGAAAAAGAAAGUUAAAAUAUAGGUGUGUUUUUCCCAACCCCUCUCGCUUGCCUGCCUUCUGGCCUGCCUGUCUGUCUUCCCACCCAGCUCUGUGUGUGUGUAUCUUGAUGGUAGCUGGGUGCCCAGGGACGUGGCUGUGGAGGGGAGGAAGACUCACUGCCCUCGCUGGUGGGCCAGCCUUGCCAUCGUGCCAUGUGAGCUGCUGAGCAAGUCCUUUGCCUAUUUGGGCCUUGGUUUCCUCAUCUGUGAAAUGAGAUGGAUGGAGAUGACCUCUCAGUUCCUUUCCCAACUCUUAGAUGUGAUGAGGUAAGGUACAGUGAUAGCUUUUCUGAAAUCUUCAGAGAAAUAAUUUUAUUACAGAAAAUGCUUCAAAAUAAAUACUAAUGAAAACUUUUAAAAACUCAUUGGAGUGAAGCUUUUCAAAAUGACCCUCCACAGUGGAGGUACCUUUCCUGCUUAUAAUCACAAAACUGAAGAAAUAGUUUCUAGGAGCAAAAGGAGAACACACAAAGAGAAACAGCACUUUUCAAAUGAUGCAUCAUCAUACUUAAUGAAUUUUCUGCGAGAAUUUCAUAUUUAAGGAAAAUGUGGCCGAAGAAUUGUACUUCAGAGCACACUUCCAUGGUGAGAUGGGGCCAUCUCAACCUGCUCCAUUGUUUCAGCUGUCACCACUGCAUGGAUAGCUUUCUUGUCUGUUUCCAGCUCUGACCUCUGCCCCCAACUCUCACCCAACUGUAACUGCCUGCUGGACCCCCCACCUGGACGUCAGCCAGCAUCUCAGGCUCACCGCUUCCCUCCUCCCUUUCCUUAAAUCUUUUCCUCUUUGGAUGUUCCUAGCUCUGUGAAUGGAUCCUUCCAUCUGCAGGUAUAAAACUGCCACCAUCUUCUCGCUCACCUCACCUUUCCUGCACUAGUCAUUGCGAAAUCCUCAAUUCUGUCCCCAUCUUCCACCUGCAAGUGCUUCACUCUCAUUGUCACUGCCUCAUUACCUUGUAAUCAUUUUUAAACUGGCCUCCUUCCCUCAGUCCCUGCUCCUGUAAAGCCAUCUUUGCAUGGCUACCAGAUGAAGCUUUCUCAAGCAGAGCUUGGAUCAGAUCAUCUCUCUUUUAAAAACUCCCAUUGAAAUGGAAACGUCUUUGCCUGGCACCAUAACCUUCCCACCUUGAUCCCAAUGCAUCUUUGCAGCCUUUUUUCCCAUCCCCUCUCACCUGCCCUGCUUACUGCAGCCCAGCUAGACUCCCGCUGUGCCCCGUCACAGCCAGUGAAAUCCUGCCUCUGCUUUCAAUUGGAGUCUUUCUGGGUUACCGUUUCCUCUUAAUUUUUUCCUGUCUGCAUUUGACUGGUCAUUUUCAAACCCCGCAGUUCCAAGGUAACCUUCUCUAACCUCUUGUUCUCAUCCCCAAAUAGUAUUUACUUCCUCUGGGUUCUCAUAAUAUUGGUAUCAAUCUCAUGGCAUGUAGUGCUUUCUGCCCUGUGUGGUAGUUAUUUGUGUACAUGUGAUUUCUAAUUUCCCACACUGGACUGUGAGUGCAGCAUCGGCAAGAAUUAUGCCUUGUUCAUCUGUGUAUUCUUCAUGGCGCCACACAUGGUGCCAUGUACGUAGCAGGAGCUAAAUAAACAUUUUUAA